AUGUUAAAAUAUGUGAACAGGAUAAAUAAAAAGUUGAUAUAUAAAUUGCAUCUAGAAAAUGAUAAAAUAAUAGACAUGCCGAUGUUUUUAGUAGAUAAUUUAUAUAUUCGAAAUAAAGAGGAAUUAAUUUGUUUAUUAAAACAUGCUAUAAAUUUUAAUACAAAUGAUUUUUUAUAUAAUUAUAAAAGAGUGUUGUUAAAAGAUGAUACUUUCAUAAAUCAUAAGUUCGAAAGAUCAGUAAAUUUUGAUAAAAACGGAAUAGAAAAUGAAAAUUACACAUCUGAAUAUAUAGGAAGUAAUAAAAAUAUGGAUGAUAAAAAUGUCAGUAAAAAAAGUGGUAAUAAUUCAUGUGUAGAAUUGGAGAUAAAUAAGACAAAAUGUGAUGAUACAUUAAGUAAUAUCAUUAAUGAUGUGAAUAUAAAUAAAAGUUAUAACAAUGAUUAUAUAAAAAAUGAAAAAAAAAAAAAAAAUGAAAAAAAUGAAAAAAAUGAAAAAAAAAUAUCCCCAAACUUGAACCCAUACAAAUAUGAUAACGAAGAAUACAACGAAUUAAUAAAUUGUUUAUCAGAAAUAAAUGAAUAUGAUGAAAAUUAUAAUUCAAAAGAUUUUUAUUUUUAUGAAAAUAUAUUACAUUUGAGGGAUAAAGAAAUAGUAGAAGAUGAGUCAAAAGAAAAUUAUAUACAAUAUUUUGAUAAUAGAAAAAAAAUAAAAGACAAAAAUAUGUUAAUGGAAAAAAAAAUACCAGAAUGUUAUUCAUUAAUUGGAUAUAUUCCUAAUAAUUUUUUUUUUUACAAUUAUAAAAAUAGGAUAAUAUCUUUAAUCGAAUAUUUAUCAUAUAAUGAUAUUUAUUCACUUAUUUAUUUAUAUAGUAAAAGUGAAAAAAUAGAUUUUUCAAUAUUAGAGAUAUUAGGAAAAGAAUAUAUAAAUAAAAUUGAAAACGAUAAAAAAUAUAAUUAUAAGAAUACGAUAAAAUUGUUAAAUAUAUUUAUAAAAUUAAGUUAUAAAAAAAAUGAAAUACAAUAUAUUAUUAAAAAAUUAUUAAAAAAUUUAUAUAUGUGUAUUUAUUCUGAAGAUUUAAAAAUAGCUACUUUACAUUUUGUGUGUUUAUCAAAAUUAAAUUUAUAUAAUAUAUUAUUUUAUGAUUAUAUAAAUAUAUUUUUAAAAAAUAUAAAUAAUUUUUCACAUUUAUCAUGUUCUAUAAUUUUACAAUGUUUAGGAUAUUAUCGAUAUUAUAUGACAACAAAUAGGAGUUACAUUUUUAAAUUAGUCAGGGAAUAUAGACACAAAUCUGUCAGUGAAAUGUUUCAUAAUAAAUAUUUAAAUACAGUAGAGAAAAAAAAUAAAUGUAAAAAUAAUUUAAGAAAUAAUAUAGAAAAAAAAAUUUUUAUAUUUGAACAUGGAAAAAAAAAUAUAAAUUUAAUAAAUGAUAUAGAAAAUAAAAUAAUUGAUAGAUUAACAAAAAUAAAUUUAGAUGAUAUUUCAGAAAAAUCGAUUGGUAAUAUUUUUCAUUUUUAUUAUUUAAUUAAUAAAAAGAUACUAACAAAUAAAGAUCAUAUAUUAUUUUGUAAUUUAAUUAAUAUUUUGAUAAAAAAUAAAAUAAAUUUUCAAAAACCUCGAUCUUUUCUUAUGUCUGCUUACACAUUAAUUAUUCAUAAAUAUUUUACAAAUAUAAAUAUAUCUUGUUAUUUUUUAUUACAAUGUUCUAAUUUAAUUAAAUUGUUGAAGCAGGAAAAUUAUAUGAGCAAUUUGUUGUUUGUGUUAAUGGGCUUUUCUCAGAAUCAGCUUAUUUUUUACAACACGAACAAAAAUAGGAACAAAAAUAGGAACAAAAAUUAUAAUAAUAAUGAUAAUAAUAAUGAUAGUGGUAAUGAUAGUGGUAAUAAUAACUACCCUGAAAUAUACAUCGAUAAUAAAUAUAAUAAAUUAUGUAAUUUUAAAAUCGAAAAUAAAUUUAAGGAUAUGACUGAAAUGUGUGAAUAUAAAAUAAAUUGUUUAGAAAAUAAAUUAUAUAAACCAGUUAGUUAUAGAUCUGCUAUUUUAUACAUAAUUAAUGAGAUAACAAAUAUAGAUUAUAAAUUAAAUAUUGAACAAAUUCGUAUGUAUCUAUUACUUUUUUCAAGUUUUGAUAUAAAAUUUUCAUCUGAAAUUAAAAAAAAAAUACUAUCUAUUAUUAUUAACGAUUCUACAUGUUUAUUAUAUUUACCUCAUAUUAUUAUUCAAACUUGUAUUAACAUUUUUGGCAUUCAUAGUAGUUAUAUGAAAACUAUAUGUUUAAGCCUUUUAGAUAAAAUUGAUUUUGAAAUUAUAAAAUUAUUAAAAAUUAUUAAAAAUGAUAAAAAAUAUGAAAAAUAUGAAAAAUAUGAAAAAAUUCAAGAUGGUGAAAAAAACCAACAAUUUUGUAACUAUUUAUUUGAUUUAAAUAUAUUAUCAGAAAUUCUUUUUGUAUUUGAUCAAAUUGAUAUAAAUAAAAAUGAUUUUAUAAUAAAUAUUGUAAAUUUAAUGUGUUUUAAUAAUUUUUUUAUUUUUAAAUAUAAAAAAAAUAAUUUUUGUUCAUAUGUUUAUUUUCUUCAUUAUAUUGGAAAUAAUAAACUUGACACAGAAAGCUACAAAAAAAUAUCUGAUUUUAUUUUUACCAAUUUAAGUAAUUAUAUAGAUCUAUCUUAUAAGUGUUAUUUAAAUAAUGUGGAAAAACAUGCAAACAUAAGAAAUGUAAAUGCUUUUAACAAAAAUAAUGUGGAUAAUUCUGUUGAACAUGAUGUAUUUUUUAAUGAAGUGGAACAUAAAAUGAUAAUGGACAAAAUAUAUGUAAAAGAUAUUUUGUUAUUGCUUGAUGCAGUCAGAAUUUUAAAAGCUUACAAUUAUGUUUCACUUCUCUCUAACUGUGUUGCUAUGCUAAAUACAGAUAAAAUUAAGACCCUUUCGGAUGAAGAUAUUGAAUUGGCUAACUACAUAUUUAUAGACAUGGGGUUAUAUAAUAAAUAUAUAAUGGAUGAAGCAAAGAAUAGAGGGCUGAAAAUAGGCUUGAAAUGA